AUGGCCGAGGGAAGCAGGGCAGCAGCCGCAAGAACAAGAACGGAAGACUUCAUGUUGGUGGAUGUGGGGGAAUUGGUGAAUUGUGAUGGCCUGGUCGUGAUAUUCUACAUAGGACCAUCCUCCAUCGCACAUCAGCAGCUGGGCUGCAGCACCGGCGCAGCCAUGUGGAACCAAGUCAGCAGCCACGUCUCCAGUGAUACGAAAGAUACACGCCUGGACCUCACGACACGAUGGGAGACGUUCCAUUUCUUGACGCCUUUCCUGCAUCGUAACAUUGCGGAACCAGCAUCCUGUGGUGAGCGGCAGCUGUGA